AUGAAAGAUUGUACGGAUAAUCAAGUUCAGACAGCGAUUAAUAUUCCGUAUUUUGAAGGUGAUUUUUGGUCAAAUAUCAUUGAAGAAAGUAUAAAAGAACUCGAGCAAGAAGAAGAAGAACGUCGAAAAAAAGAAGAAGUUGAAGCAGCAAGAAUAGUAGAAGAUGGUGCUCUUGAUGAUCCUAUCGAACCCGAUGAUCCAACAGACAUAUCAGAUAAACGUAAAUCUGCCAACACACAUAAAAAGAAAAAUUUAAAGAAAACAGCUAGUCAGCGUAAAAUAGCUAAAAAACAAAUUUCAAAUUGUUCUGAUUUAAUAACAAAAAUAUUCACCACGAUGGAAAAACACAAAGAGGCAUUUUUUGUCAUUCGCCUACGUAACCCACUCAUUACUCAUCCACCAGUGAAUGAUACUGAUGCAUUGAUACAGUGUGAUUUAAUGGACACACGUGAUUCGUUUUUGAAUUUUGCACGUGAUAAGCACUAUGAAUUUUCAAGUUUACGUCGAGCUAAAUUUUCAACGAUGGCACUUUUACAUGAAUUACAUUCAUCGACAACGGAUAAAUUUACAUAUAAUUGUAAUCACUGUCGUCAACAAUGUGAUGUUCGAUAUCAUUGUACGGUUUGUGAAGAUUUUGAUCUAUGUGAAAAAUGUUAUUAUCAAGAAAAGCAUGAACAUAAAAUGGAACGAUCAGUACAACAAUCAUUGGUGGACGUUAGCAACGAUGAACAUAGUGCUAAUAAUCCAAAUGGGGAUAAAUCAUUGGCUAGUCCACAAUUACAGCGACAACAAUCCAUGCAACGCUGUAUAGAAGCUCUGUUACAUGCCGUCAAUUGUCGAAAUGCUAAUUGUAUUAAUCGUAGUUGUUUACGUUAUAAACGAGUUAUUCAACAUACAAAAGAUUGUAAAGGAAAAAAUAGCCAAUGUAAUAUAUGUAAACAAGUGAUAUUUUUAUGUUGGUAUCACGCGAAAAGUUGUAAUGAACAAAAUUGUCAAGUUCCAUUCUGUACAAAUUUAAAAACAAAAAUUCAAAAACAACGCGCUACAAAUCAUCAGAUGGAUCGUCGACGAAUGUUUGCUACGAUGCAUCAACGGUCAAAUACAAUGCAGCCAGUGUCCAGCUCAAGUUCAUCCUCCCUGAAUCCACGUGUCGAGCCCAUAACUAAUCAUCAAUCUGUCGAUUCUCCUUCGUCGGGAAAACCAUCGAUUACCACAACGAUGGGUGCUCCAUCGCAUACAACAAACCGUCUACCGC